AUGGCAAAAUUGGAGUUACUUCAAACUUUAACUGGUCACAAAGGUAUCGUUUGGAAUGUAUCAUGGCAUCCAAACGGUAAAGUAUUUGCAUCUUGUGGUGAAGAUAAAGUCAUAAAGUUGUGGAGUAAAGAAGGAGAAAGUUGGGUGGUAAAAACUGUUCUUGUUGAUGGACACCAGAGAACAAUUAGAGAAGUUGCAUGGUCCCCUUGUGGAAACUUUUUGGCAUCAGCUAGCUUUGAUGGUACUACAGCUAUAUGGGAUAAAAAAAGUGGUCAAUUUGAAUGUAAUGCUACACUUGAAGGGCAUGAAAAUGAAGUAAAGAGUGUAGCAUGGUCACCUUCUGGUCAACUAUUAGCAACAUGUGGCCGAGAUAAAUCAGUAUGGGUGUGGGAAGUUGCUGGAGAUGAUGAGUAUGUUUGUGAAGCAGUACUUAAUGCUCACAAUCAAGAUGUAAAGAAAAUUGCAUGGCAGCCAUCAUCAGAUGUUUUGGCAUCUGCUUCAUAUGAUAAUACAGUUAAAAUGUAUAAAGAAGAUCAAUUGGAUAGUGAUUGGACUUGUAUAGGAACAUUGAAGUCACAUGAGUCAACAGUAUGGAGCUUAGCAUUUGACAAGACGGGUAAAAGAUUGGCUACCUGCAGUGAUGACAGGACUGUUAAAAUUUGGCAUGAAUAUGAUUCAGAAAAUCAAGAAGGUGUUAUUGUUUCUGAACAGGACUCUAAAUGGAAAUGUGUUUGCACACUUUCUGGUUAUCACACUAGAUGUAUUUAUGAUAUAACAUGGUGCCAUGUGACUGGCCUUAUAGCGACAGCUUGUGGUGAUGAUAUCAUUAGGGUGUUCAAAGAAACUGAAGACUCUGAUCCUAAUGCACCAUCAUUUGAUCUUAUUUGCACUAAACUUGAUGCUCAUUCUCAAGAUGUUAAUUGUGUUAAAUGGAAUCCUUUAGGAAACAAUGAAUUAAUUUCUUGCAGUGAUGGUGGAGAGAUAAAAACAUGGAAAUUAAUCGAUGAA